AUGACUCACGAAGGCACCGGUUUCACUCCUUUUAAGCUCACAUUCGGAAGAGACGCGAAUGUUCCGUCAGCAUUAGCUACAACACCUAGUUUAAAAUAUCCGGAAUUAGUACGAUUAUGGCAAGAAAGACAUGAAAGAUAUAUUAGGAAAGCUCAAGAACAAAUAAUGAGGGCAAAAGAAAAAUAUAAACGAAUUCAAGACGCUAAAAUUGUUUUGCCCCAGCGUUUAUUUGACACAGGUGAUCUCGUAAUGCUAGAAAACACGAAAGAAAACAAAUUAAGCCCUGAUUGGAAAGGUCCUGCUGUUGUUAUAAAAGCUCUUCCCAAAAAUAAUUACGAAAUAUUAUUUAACAAUAGUCGAUUCACUAUUCAUGCUGACAGGUUGAAAACAUACAACUAUUAA